AUGCCUAAGGUCACCAGAUCGGUCCUGAUCAAACCGGUGCAGAGAACGAGCCUCCGACCAACACGUAAUCUCUCAAACGGCGAUCCUGAUACCACUGCACCAGGUCCAGAUCCGCUUCUUGAGCAGUCUCCAUCUUCCGAGCUUGCUCGUAUGGACACUACCGUUUCCAUUAGCUCUUCAGUCCAACCAGUACGCACACAGUGUCCUAAAUCACGAUCAAGCAUAGCCAGACCGGGGAAACUCAUGCAGACUAAACCCCUACCCGCCCUCCCCACAGGCCAGGUGUUGAAACGCCAACUACCUCCUCCUCCACCCCCCGAAUGCUGCACGAGUAUACCACGUAUAGAUACGCAAAACCAUUACCUCAACUGUGACCAGCAGAUUAUGCCGACAUCGAGCAUCAACAGCCGUUCCUGUCUCCCUCGACUGCGCGACUCGACAUAUCCUGUCCCACUCAAACAUUCGCCCCUGAUCGCUGGUGCAUUCGAUGUCCAUCAAUGGGCACCACUCAACAGCAGUUCCGGGAGUGCCCGUUCGUCCUUGCAACGGCUGUCCUCCAAGGUCCUCCGGAAAGUCACACAUGGUAAGCCUCAAGCAGAAAUUACAGUAUCAAGACCCUUGUCCACGGCUCAGGCCGAACUUCACGGAUCUGUUCCGUUACCGUACGAAGCACUGCCCCAGGCGAAGGAUCCCCCUGUCUUGGUCCCAACUGCAUUCACCCCCAAGAUCCUUUUGCGUGGUACCACACCUGCAGAGGCUCUUCACCGAGUGGGCAAUACUGUCCGAAUAUCGCAUUCGGGACAUCGCGACAAGCCAAACAAUGACAUCCGCAUCUGGCCGUUGUUCUACUCUCGUUCCAAGAGCAAGAAAGCAGACCCACAGAGCGGGAAUUUGCAAAGAAACACAAUCAAAGGCAGCCUCCCUGGCCGUAGCAGAUCUUACAGCAGCGAGUCCAAGGUCCUGAAAGCAUAUCGGCCAAACAUACCCCCGGGCAGAUCUUACAGCCAACGUCGAAAAGGUGGUCUCUGGCCGCCAACUGCACCUACUCGCCCUCCCCGACCUGAGCAGCCACUGUUUUCGACCAUCGAAGAGCAGCAUCGGCGAAAUGUGGACGUAUUGGCCCUACGACCGCCUCCUCGGCCACCAACUUCCCUAAGGCAGCCGGAAGGUGACAUAUCGCCUUCGCGCUCUUGUUCGAGCAGCCCAGUAAGCCGACUCACGCCUCUAGAGGACGGCGUCCGCGUCAAGCUUCAUCGACACCGAGCUCUCCUUGCGUUGGGGGGCCGAAGCUGCCCUCCAGUAAGUCCUACCAUCACUGAAAAGAGAUCGCAGCAGUCCAUUCCGCUUCCGCACUCCUCAUUCGCUUCCGGUGGUCCAGCAAACUGCGGCACGGAUGACGCGAUAGGUGCGGUACCACCUCAUAGGGAGACUUCAUUCAGACCAGCGUCGCGAGAUAGUAUCCGAGCAGAAUGCAUUGGCAAUCCCGAUCCCAAAUCGCAUCCGAGAGGACUGCCAGGCCCCGAUCUAUGCUACCCAGCUUCCGACCAGUCGAAAAGGCCAACGUUUCUCGACCAACACAUAUUGUCGGGGCCUGGUCCUGAACUGGCCUGGUGGGAAUUACAGGCGGCCCAUUCGCGGACGCCACAACCGAGUAAACAGUCUAUCUCCAGGCCACUGGUGAGAGAUGUGGCAACCAGUGCCUCCAGCGGCGGUGAGUCAAAGGGCGAGAGCAAGGGCAAGGCGCCACUGCGCGAGUCCGAUGUUGCGUUGAAACAGCAAGCAAAGGAGCAGAUGGCAAGCACGCCGCCUUUUCGAGAGCAGUACAAGAACGAGCAACGCAACUUUCAGCGUGGAAGACAGCUGGCUCGGAAUGCUUUCCAGAAGCACCGCGAGGGUGGGAAGUGGAACUUCUCCGAGUACGAGCAGGGUGUGGAUAAUGCAAAUACCUACAGCAACAAGAACGGCAACGCCAGCAAAGGGUUUAAUUUUCGUAUCAUCCCCACCGGCAUGAGCAGUGACAAUGUCACCAAUAAUGGAGCAGGUACGGCAAGUGAGGUGAACAGCACGGGUGCCGUCCACGGCCGUGGCGGCGGCUCAAGCAGCUCCUCAUUGACAGGGCUCAAAGCUACCGUGCUCUGCAACGGCAAGCCGGCUCCGUCCUUGAAUGCUUACGAGGCCGCACACGCUGUGAAGAGCAGCCCAUCUGCUCGCUCAUAUCGUCGCGUCGGAAGCUCAUCCUCCUCCGGUGCAGUAAUUCUCAAGGAGCAGAAGGAGUUGACGAAACCAGAAUCGCUACGCGUGCGGUCGCAGGCGGGAGCUGCAGGGCCUUCGAAGCCAACAACUCAGAGCGGUCCCAAUGUCCCUUUGGAACGCAAGGGAGAUGAGGGCGAGAAAUCGGCCGCAAGGCCCAGGGUGGCCCUUAGUGCGACACCCCGCCGUCGCCCACCUCCACCACCGCCCCGGAUACCACCUACCAUUCCCGCGACCAGCACCUCAGCAGCCAGCACACACGGCGGCCAGGAGACCCAGCGGCGCCGCCCUGCGGAUCCGCCCCCACCUCCGCCAGCCCAACGCGCUCUCCCGACGCCACCGCCGCCCGUCCCUCCCAGAAGCGAACGUCGACCACGCCUUGGGGACGACUGGAACGGAAGCGCGAUUCAGGAUCCGAAGCAGGGGAUGUUGAGCGGGCACAGCAAGAAGAAGAGCCUCAGCACGGUGGCGGAGAACGCGCGAGAGAUCCUUGUGCCUGCUACUCCUCGUAACCUCGAGCGACCAUCAGGGGCCGGACAAUUACGGGCCGCGAGGCACGAGGUGUCGAAGGACUUGUCGCGGAGCUCGGUCUACUCCGAUGGCGGGCAGGCUUGUGAGAGUGCGAGUGAGAGCGAGAGUGAGCAUUUCUGGAGCGAGGAUGACGGGUGCGCUGGCGGUGCGGAUGGGGAAGGUAGUAGUAAGAGGACAACGCCGGAGAAGGCUGGGGCGUGGGAGGAUCCAGGGGGCUGGGAGGGUGAGACGACGAAGGACGGUGGUGGUGAGGUGGCUGAAGAGACUCACUUGGUGGAAUACUACUUGGAGGAGCAGCGGAAGGAGGUGGAAGAGAAGAAGCGGGAGGAUGAGGAGCGGAGGCUGAGGGUUGCUAACUUGAUGGCGCGGUUGAAGGAUGGGAAUAUGUUCUGA